AUGAAGGUUGUCACAGGCGCUGAGAGACGCGCUCGACCUGAGCUUGUUCAGCCAGGCGAUUGGGAGUGGGUUACAGUUAUACAGAGCAUCUGCGCUGCUGGAUAUGCGACCCCGCCUUUCAUCAUCUACAAAGGACGCAUCCACAUCUCUGCCUGGUACGAGGAGACGGAUAUACCACACAAUUGGAAGCUCUCUGUCUCUGAGAACGGCUGGACGAACAACGCGCUUGGCCUUGAGUGGUUGAAGCAUUUUGACGCGCAUACAAGAGCGCCUCACUCGUCACACAUCCUCCAGCUGCUUGACGUGGUCUGUUUCUCGCCGUUGAAGCGCAAGUACUCCCAACGCGUCCAGGACUUGGCACGCCAACGCGUCUUCCACAUCAACAAGGAAGGCUUCCUUCUAGCCUUUAGAGACGCGUUUCUUGACGUGUUUACAAAGGCCAACUGUCAGAAGGCCUUUAAGGCAUCAGGGCUAGUCCCUACCAACGCGCAGGUAGUGUUAGAUCGCCUUGAGGUGCGACACUGUACCCCACCAGCACCCCCUCUACCAGAGACACUGUGGCAGUCAAGGACUCUAAGCAAUACACACGAGUUUGGGUCUUAG